AAAAAAUAAAGACACUCCUUUUAAAUGUGGUAACAAAUUCCAUUUCCAACCAUGAAAAAAUGGAUUAUCUGAAAUUGGAUCAUAUACUAAUAUUAUUUUUGUUGCAAUGGAUGAUGAUGAUGAAGCCACCAAACCAAACCAAAUCACAAGAUCAAAAUCAACACAACCAGUUGUAGCAGCAGCCAUAGUCAUGGUGUAAUGUCAUGUCAAUCAUGCUCUCAUGCCUUUCCCACAUUCACCAUCAUCAUCAUCAUCAUCAUCAUCAUCAUCAACAACAACACCUUGGUCUUAACCCCAUAAGAAAUUCACAACAAGCUUUCACUUUAAUCCAAAACUGCACCAAUUUCAAACACCUUAAACAAAUCCAUGCCACCAUUAUCAAAGCUGGUCUUUCCAAUGACCAACUCCUCAUUACCAAAUUGAUUCACCUCUGUUGUUCUUCUUCCUUUAACCAAAUUGAUUAUGCUUCUACUUUGUUUUAUAAUCACAUUCCUAAACCUCUCACCAUUACUUGGAAUUUUGUUAUUAGAACUUUUAAUUCUAAUGGCUAUUCCCACCAAGCUUUGUUACUCUUUAAGCUAAUGAUAUCAAGAGGUUUUCCUCCUGAUAAAUUCACCUUUCCUUUUGUUAUCAGAGCUUGUGUUUCUUCUUCCUAUUUUCGCCUUGCCCGAGUUGUCCACGGGUUAGCUAUCAAGACUGGUUUUUCUAAUGAUGUGUUUCUGCAGAAUAAUUUGAUUGAUUUUUACUUUAGUUUUGGUCAUAAAUUUUGUGCCUGCAAAGUGUUUGAUAAAAUGUCUGUUAGAAAUGUUGUUUCUUGGACUACUAUGGUUAGUGGGUUGGUCGAUUCAGGCGAGUUAGAUACCGCUAGAGCGAUUUUCGAGCAAAUGCCAACCAAAAAUGUUGUGUCUUGGACAGCAAUGAUUGAUGGUUAUGCUAAGAAUCAACAACCAGAGCAAGCAUUUCAACUCUUUAGAAGAAUGCAAUCUGAAAAUGUUAUGCCUAAUGAAUUCACAUUGGUGAGUUUGUUGAAAGCUUGUACCGAAUUGGGGAGCUUGAAUUUGGGUAAAUGGGUUCAUGAUUUUGCUCUCAAGAAUGGGUUUAGAUUAGAAGUUUAUCUUGGUACAGCUUUGAUUGACAUGUACAGCAAAUGUGGUAGCUUAGAGGAUGCAAAGAAAGUGUUUGAUAAAAUGCGAAAGAAGAGCUUAGCUACUUGGAACGCGAUGAUCACUAGCUUAGGCGUGUACGGGUUUGGGGAAGAAGCUCUUGCUCUUUUUACAACAAUGGAGACGAUGAAUGGUGCACCAAAGCCAGAUGCUAUUACAUUUGUAGGUGUGUUGUGUGCUUGUGUUCAAGCUAAUGAUCUCACUCAAGGUUGUAAGUACUUUGAAUAUAUGACCCAACAUUAUGGUAUUUCUCCCAUUUUGGAACACUAUUCUUGUAUGAUUGAACUGUAUAGCCGUGCUGGUAUGUUGGAUGAAGUAGAAAGAUUAUCGAAAGCCAUUCGAUGAAAAACCGAAACACAGUACUUUCACCAAGCUCUACAAUGGUCAUUAUGUUGCAGAUGAAAUCUGAAUCCAUUAGUUCUUGUUGUUCUUUGUUUUGUUUUGGUAAAUUUUUGGUGAGUUAUACAAAGACUUAGCUGUGAAAAUCUAGAGUGAGUGACCCAAUUCUUAUAUAUAUGUAUGCACCAGUUGAACAAAUUAGGAAUAAAAAAACACACACAAGCACAGAGGGACACCCCUUAUUUUUCAAAUAUUUAUCAAAACUGUAUAAACAUUACCACUUUAAUGAUAAUAAUGAAGUGUCACU